GUUACAGGGAACUGUAGUUUAUACCAGCUCAUACUGAGCAAGAGGCCCUGAACAGGUUAAAAAGGCAUCAGAAUUUGUGACUUGUGUGUGUGUUGAGGGAGACCACACAAAGGCAAACAUGUUCAUAAUAUGUUGUUUAAACAAAUUCAGCCAAGGCAAAUUUAAAUGGACACAACAAAUUGGAAGCACGGGAGACAGAGAGCACCAGAGGGAGGUAUCCAGCCUUCUCAUAGCAGGUGCAGCAAUCAGAGGAAGUUGCGCCAGGUGCGGCUCACUCCUCUGACAGCCCCGCCACUCAGGAGCAGAUCAAGACACAAGUAAUCAGGAACAGAGCUAUAACAUAGCUACAUAACAUGACCACUAGCUACAUUAUUUCUUUUCUAUAUACCAGAGACCAGAAAAUGACUGUAGUAAACAUGAAAUGUGAACAUGAAUAUACUGAAUAUAUUUUUUGCAAUUCCUUUUUCGGAAUUGCUUUAGCCUCAUAGCGGUAAACAUAAUCUCUCCAAUUUGACCAAAGCGUAACAGAGUGUGAUGCAUUCGAGUGCAAUUUUUCAUUUUGUUCCUUCUUGUUAGAUUAUAUUACUAUAACUUAGCCACGAUCUGUUUUGACACUGCAGGUACUCUCAUGAUGUGAUUAAUAUCUUCUGUACUAAAUAUAAUAUAUAAUAAAUGCUCAUGUUUUCAUUUCAUUUUUUCCCAUUCACCAUCAUCAUUAUGAGACUGACUGGAGGAGAUGAUCUCACACUUGUUCUGAUAUUGAGUCAUUUGAAAGGUGGUGCGAGGUUAAUGGAAGGAGACACUGAAUCAACAGGUGCUGUGAGGAUAUCUCAACUGAUCGUUUUUUACAUGUAGCAAUGAAAAAAACAAAACAUAAAACAUCUCCAGCGUUAUUAUCUGUCAUACGAAAUGGAGGGUUUCGUGUCAAAUUGUUUGCAAAAAACAGAGAAAGAACAGAGAUAAUCAUCUAGCAACGUUCUUAGCAGUGACACAGCUGUUUAAACAUGUGAUGCAAGACUCACAUUUCUCUACCAAGGGACGCUUUCUCACUAUUUCACAUUGUGUCGUGACUUCAUUAUCAUCCAAUUUCCUCUCAUUUUACUUUCAUCGCUCCUAAAAAUGAGAAAUUGCUAUUCUGGUAUGAUGAACAGAUCAUCGGUCAUUAUUACAAUCACAGCAGAAUCAUCGUUCAGGUUUAUGAGUCAAAGUAUAAGUAAUGUGUAAGGUCACUGUCUCCUCUUCUUCUGUGGUUACUGACACGUAUUUGUCUUGUUCCUCCACUAUUAAUGGGCUAACUGUGCUGGUUCGGCUUCCUUGUAAAUCUUUGUUAAUGAAAAACUAGCAGUGAGUUACAGCCUGUUCUGGAGCAAUAACAUCUUUGUCAGUCACGUACUCUCUCUGUACCAGUGCCUCAUUGACCUACACUUACACUGUAUAUAGUACAUAUACUGCACAUUCUCCUCCUGCCAUAUACUGGUCAUCUGGUUCUCUUUAUCAGGCUCAGAGAGUGGAAUGCAUUGUUGCUACGCCUGGAUCUAAUUUCAGGGUUUCGCCAUAAAAAUAGCUUGUCUAAUUGGCUUUGUUUGUACAUCUUUCUUAUAUAUUCUGUCUCCCUCAGUGAUAUUAAAACCAACACAUGUGUUGUUUCAAGGGCAGGUCAGAAGCAGGUGGCCAUACGUUUUGUCCCUUAAAAGUCAUUCAGUCUCUUCAAAGUUGCUCCGUUCAGCAGAUGAUUGUGUAUACAAAAUAUCACCAGCUGCAUAUACAUUUUUUUUUUUUUUUUUACCGUGUUAUCAUUUUGAAAAUCAAGGCCAAGACCCUUUGUCAAACAAUAUAUUUGGCUGUCCUAGAACCCAGAGCUUUAGACAUUUAGAUGUUCAACUGGAAUGAUUUUCAUUACUACUAUUACUAAACUUUGUGAACAUGAAUGGAUGAGGCUGUAGUCAUAUUUAUAGUUACAUUUGGACUGGUUUGUGAAGCCUCGUGGUCUUUGGAUUCCUGACUGGAAACGAUCACCAAAGAAGUGCGGUUGUGUUUUUUAUUUGGUGAAUUAUUGACGGCGCAGCUAGUGGGAGGGAUUAAAUACUUUUUCCUUGGCAGAACGUGUUUAGGGUUGACUCGCCUGUGGGCACAUUUGUCUCAGAUUCACAUCAUUGAACCAGUGUGAACUUUUCUAGCUUGCAGAGUCUAUAAGCCUGUCUGUGUUAUUUACGACUGCUGCCAUUUGCCUUCAUCCAAAAGCUUCAACUCCCGUUGAACAAAUGGCUUUUGGCUGAGAUGCUGCGUCUCUAUCUCCCCACUUCAAGUCUGUCAUUCAGUCAACGCAGAAUUUUUUUUUUUUUGAAUGGCCUUGUUUGUUUUUUUUUCUCUCCAAGUGCAAAGCAGCCUGCAGAAGUUUGCAAUCAGUGUCUUAAUGACGGAUGGUGACAGGUGUUAACAUCAAAACUGUCAAAUGCAAUCUAUAAGUAAUUUGGCAUUUUACUGACCCUGGAUAGGGACAUUGUCUCUUCACUUGCACAACUCUACAGGACAUUGGAGGUCAGCAUCAGCAGGUCGGGAUUUAGUCUCUCGAUCAAAAGCACAAUAGGACGCCAACCUACUGACCUGAUAAUGUUAUGUGAAAAACAAUGAGUGGGUUUUUGCCUGCGUCCGUGAAUGCACACACGUGGGUGCAUUGGCCUCCAUGUGCAUAUAAAACUCUGUAUUAGGAAGGGACAUCGAAACAGUCAGCUGUGAGACAAAGAAGCACACACACAGAGAGUGUGUGUGUGUCUGUCAGGGAGAGAGAGAGAGAGAGAGAGAGAGAGAGAGAGAGAGAGAGAGAGAGAGAGAGAAACAAAGAGAUUUUUCAGCCAGAAAAUGCUUUGAAGUCACAGAAAAUUCCAGGAGUUUCCUGUUAACGAGCCUGGGCUAUAAUGCGAACCAGGAGUGUGUGUGGAGUGUGUGUGUGUGUCUAGGGGGAGAGGGAGGUCCCUCUAGUCAGUCUCUCUCUGCUGGUGAGAGAGGUUAACAUCACUGCAGUCUUUGCUGUCCAUUUAACAUUCAUGUCAGAUCUGGUUCACCUGUUCUUGAGGAUACAGACCCCGUCAGCCUUAAACGGGGUUUUGAACGUGGAUUAAAAGCAUGGAUGUUUCUCAGCUGGGAGUUUUCUGAGAGAAUCUAGACUCUUGAAUCACAGGUUGAACAGCUGCUGGGUCCAUCUGGUCUGCUUCGGAUGCAACGCGGCUGCCUAAGAGUGAUGAACACAAAUGCAGAGGAGGGUCUGUGAGCUGCUCCAGCUGACCAACAAGCCAACCACUCCACCUUGUCAGUGAGGAUGUUUAAUUUCUGUAACUCACGCUGGCCCCUGCUGUUGUUCGCCGCCCUGUGGAGCCUCAGCUACCCGAGUUUGCUCACCGCCUGGCCAGGGAUCGGCUACAGCAAGCCCAAAGAUCAGCUGGACCCCAAUGUGAGGGACUGGGGAGACUAUUCGGACCUCCCCGCAGGAAUUGAGCAAGGGCUGGGGCUGGACGUGGAUGGAGAACAUGGAGGCGGCAGAGGAGUCGAAGAGCCCUCAUCAAGCCUGGCUCCGGAGCUGGAUUUCCUGUCAGACUUUGCAGGUAAAAAGCGACUGUGGGUGAUAACAGCCCCGUCACACAAUGACCACUACCUGCGUAUGAUGGAGAAACAGCUGGAAGACAUGGAGCAGAAAGGGCUCAACUGCCGCCUAGCAGAAAGAGACACAUUCAUCAUCACCAUCAUCCAGAACGCCAUGAUGGAAGGUCGAAUCCAGAAAACAACUCUUCAAGGAGAUGCUACAGUAGAGAGCCUUGACCCUGACACAGUUACCAAACUGCUGCACUAUCUGGAGCUUACCGGCCAGGAGCAGGGUUUCACCACGCUGGUCGUAAAGAAGAACCUUCACGUCAGUGAGCGCUUCCCCAUUCCAGUCCGUGUUGAGGCAAUUUUGGAGGUCAUCGAUCAGUUCCCCAUGAGGAAGCUGGAGAAGAUGACCAGAAAAGGAUCUCAGCUGAGGUGUAAACCCACCAAAAAGAAGGUUUUAGUGACGAGGAAAAAGAUGAAGAAGAAGACGGUGCUGAGCCCUCAGAGACGAGGGAACGUGACUUCUAUCGUGGCCUUGCAAAGAAAACCUCCGGCGGACAAAAAAGCUGCCCUGAAGAGUAAGAUCCAGGACAUCCUGAGUGGACGGUCGAGGUUUGUUAUCCGUAAGGAGUCUGCAGUGGGGUCCACGAGGGGAAGGGAGUCGAACAGCGCCGGUCGGGCCGCUUCAAACGCACACGAAAAGGUGCACGGAGCCCCAUCUGUGUCAAAGAGCAACAAAGACAUAAAGACAGACAGGGCUGACUCCACCGUGGAAGAAGGAAAGAAAAGACACAGAGGGAAAACCAGUGAAGUUGAAAAAGAGGUGAAUGUAAAGGAGGAUACACAGGAAAAGCAGAGCUCUAAGAGAAAGGGGAAAGGGAAGAAAGGGAAGAAAGGGAAAGGAAGAGGGAAGAAGUCCAACAGAGAGGCCAGUGAGAAGGAUAAAACAGCCCUGAAGACGUUUUUGGACAGUUUCAAGGGCUCAAGAAGGCUGAUGUUGAUUUCGACGCCCAGCAAAGAUGCAACGCUGUACGUCCAGCAGACGGAGGAGAACAAGAAGCAACACUGUGACCUCGCUAUCAGGAAGAUCACCGUGGCGACCAUUGUGGGCGCGGGACGUGACGCUGUGCUAACCUUGCAACACCACCAGCUUGAGUCAGAGCCUCCUCUCAGCGACCAAUCGGAGCAUCUCUCAGACUCUGGCCUGAUCUCUCUGUUGAGAUCAGAGCUCAGCCUGUCGUCCUCUGACCUCUUUUCCAUGACCGUCACGGACUACGACAUCAAGCCCAAUAGAGUGUUUGAGGCUCCUCCAUCAAGUCCUGCUCUGUUUGAGUACAUUGACAACUUUCCCUCAAGGCGCUCAGAAAAAGAAAAGGAAAGGAAGAGUCCUGUGGUCUGCUCCAAAAACAAUCAGCAGCCCGAAGCUGAGAAUUCACUGCUCAGAUUCAUGUCUAAGAGGAGACUGCUGCUCAUCUCUGCUCCCUCUGAGGACGACUACUCUUUCCAACAGCAGCUCUCUGCUCUCAAUGGACAGGAGUGUCACCUGGGUAUUCGCCACUUUGCCAUGCUGAAGCUGAUUGGAGUUGGACACAAGGCAUCAGGAACUGUUGAGCUAUUUCCACUUAAUGGUCGGAGUCAGAGUGAGGUUCAGCCGUUAUCGCGCGAUAUGGUCAACAACCUGAGAGAACAGCUGAAGAUCAGUAAGGACUACUUCAGCAUGCUCGUCGUGGGGAAAGACGGCGACGUGAAGGCGUGGUUCCCGUCACCCAUGUGGUCCCUGGAUAGCAUCUAUGACCUGGUGGACUCCAUGGAGCACCGCUUCCAGGAGGAGAAGCUGCAGAAGAGACUGGGGAUCCACUGCCCUGAGGACAGGGGGAGAGGAGGCGGCGAGGCGGAGCAUUAUGGAGACUAUGAUGAUGGGGGGGCCAGGGAGACAUACAUGUAUCACCGACCCGAGGAAUGAUGAGAAAGGAGGAGGAGGAAGGCAAAUCCAUGUGACAACACAGCAGAUACAGGAACAAAUGGACUAAUGAAUAUAAGAAAACUCAUAAACAAAGACCUCAUAAACUCUUCAGGACAAUACAAAUACAAAUCAUUUAGACACCAUGAUAAUAAGCUAUAUUAAUAUAAUAUAGCCUAUAUUUGAUGUUUGCAAGUAAUAAAUCAUUUGGAAAG